UUCAGUCGACGCGCGACCGCGACUCCGGAAUUCGCGAGUCUCGGGACGACUAACGGGGCCGGGGCACCUCCAGGGGGUCCCCCAGCUCUCAACGCUGGAUCAUCCGGAGCCCCUCGACUCUCUUUAAAUUUCUCAAACCCGUUCCCUUCCCCUAAAUAAUAAUUGACACUGAAAAAUUGGGUAAAUCGCCUUCACUCCAGCACUCGGUACGAGCUGUCAUCGCGUUUCGUCACGACAUUACGCUAGACAUUCGAAUUAACGCGGAAAAGUGUUCUAUAUGUCAAUGUCGAGUCCUGGGCUGAAGUGAAAGUUUCCCGUUCCUAUUCGAUCUCCUCGGCGUUGGGCAACCGAAGGCUCGUGAAUGUUUUAGAAGUUUUCGUGCAUAUUGUUGAAGGAGUCGGAUAAUGUCAGAGCAAAUAUGUAGAGCUGAGGUGCCUGAUAGCGCGUGCGAUUAAGAGUUUAAUGGGAUUUGCAUUCUUGUGACGGAACGAGUCGCUGAUUUUUCGAGCAGAAUUCCGAUAGCGAAAUCUGAGAUUCAGUUUGAGAGCCGGGUAUGGACGGAAAGGAGGUGCAUCUGGAGGCGAGGAAAGAGGCGUCUUACGGCAGUGUGAAAAAGGAAGACCCGAUGGAAGACGCGACGAACGAAGACGUGGGCUGGAGAUUCUGGCGAAAACGUCGUUACGUAGUUGGUUUUCUCGCCUUCCUGGGGUUUUUCAUAUCCUACAUCCUUCGCGUGAACCUGAGCGUUGCGAUCGUCGCAAUGACGUCGAAAUCCGACAAGCACGAACCAGAGUUCGACUGGGACUCGAAGCUCCAGGGGCUCGUCCUGAGUUCCUUCUUCUACGGAUACAUAAGCACGCAGUUCCUGGGAGGAUGGCUGAGUGCAAAGAUGGGAGGCAAAAAAAUAUUCGGUCUUGGAAUAGCCUCCACAGCCCUCCUCACGCUCAUCACCCCACCGUUGACGAGGAUCAGCGUUUACGUCUUGGUCGCACUGAGAGUCGUCGAGGGAGUUUUCGAAGGGGUCACAUAUCCCUGCAUUCACUCCAUAUGGGCGAACUGGGCCCCCCCAUUAGAAAGGUCGAAGCUAGCAACUCUUGCCUUUUCGGGCAGCUUCGUAGGGACGGUCUUCGCCAUGCCGGCGUCCGGCCUGAUGGCGGAGUACUGGGGCUGGCCCUCGGUUUUCUACGUCUUCGGGGUAAUGGGACUCGUCUGGUUCGCCUUCUGGUGGGCCAUUGUCACUGAUAAGCCCGAGGAUGACCCGAGGAUUACCGGAGGGGAACUGGAGUACAUUAAGAGGUCACUGGGGCAUACCGACAGAGGGGAAGUGAAGCAUCCGUGGAAAGAAAUUAUGAAAUCCCCUCCCGUGUGGGCGAUAAUAUCCGCACAUUUCAGUGAAAAUUGGGGGUUCUACACGAUGCUGACGCAGUUGCCAACGUUUAUGAGCGAUGUCCUGAAUUUCAAGCUGGAGAAGACGGGUUUCUUGUCGGCAGUUCCCUAUCUCGUCAUGGCUAUUGUCCUGCAAUGCUCGGGGCAAUUGGCUGAUUACUUGAGGUCUAGUAAUGUGUUAUCAACAACACAGGUACGAAAGAUCUUCAACUGCGGUGCCUUCCUCUCGCAAACAAUCUUCAUGAUCACCUCGGCCUUCGUGGCGUCGGCAACGGCUGCAGUGGCAUGCAUAACGAUAGCAGUGGGCCUCGGCGGUUUCGCCUGGUCCGGUUUCAGUGUUAAUCAUCUGGACAUUGCCCCCCAACACGCGAGUGUUCUCAUGGGAAUAGGGAAUACCAUUGCGACGCUUCCUGGCAUAGUUAGCCCCAUAAUCACGGGGUACAUUGUCAAAGAUAAGAGUCCCGCGGAGUGGAGGAUUGUCUUCAUCAUCGCCGGGAGUAUUUACCUGAUAGGCGCCGUGAUCUAUGGACUAUUCGCUUCUGGGGAGAGACAGAAGUGGGCGGAGGAUCCUAAGAAGAACGAUUUACCAUUGUAUAUUAAUGAGGGACUCGAAAUUGAUGAUGUUGCGAAAUAAAUUUAUCCAAUUAGUUCAA